AUGGCCUUGGUGGGCAUGGCCGACGCAUGCGACGCAUGCAAUGGCGGCGCCGAGGUGCUAACCGCCGACAACUUUGAUGCGCGCACGGCUGACGGUGUGUGGCUCAUCAAGUUCUACGCGCCGUGGUGCGGCCAUUGCAAGUCGCUGGCGCCGACCUUUGACAAGCUCCCGUCGGAUGCGGCGAUCCAGGGCAAGGACAUUCACAUUGGCAAGAUUGACUGCACCGUGCACAAGACCGUGUGCAUGCGCUUCGAGGUCAAGUCGUACCCGACGAUCAAGGCGAUCGCAAACAAGCACUCGUUCGACUACAUGGGUCAACGCGACAGCCAGCACUUUGUGGACUUUGUCACGGGCGGCUACAAGAGCGUCGGCGGCGAAGAGAUCUUGUCCCAGAGCCAAUUCGAAGCGCGCCAUAUCCAAAUGGAAAAGGAAAUGGCCGACGCCGAGAAGAACAGCCUCGUCGUGUCGCUCUCGACCACGUCGUUUGACGAACUCGUGCACGACAAGUCGGAGCCGUGGCUCCUCAAGUUUUACGCGCCGUGGUGCGGCCACUGCAAGCGCCUCGCGCCCAUGUGGGACAAGCUCAGCGCGACGCUCAAGGAGAGUGGCAGCACGGCCCAAGUGGGCAAGAUCGACUGCACCAAGUACCGCCGCGUCUGCUCGCGUUUUAGCGUCAACGGGUACCCGACGCUCUUCUUCAUCAAGAACGGCCAAGUGUAUAAGUACGAAGGCGCGCGCACGCUCGAGGGUUUUACGGCGUUUAUCGCGUCGGGCUACAGCAAGGCCGAGACGAUCGGGGCCAUUCCCGACGAGUCGCUCGCGGGGCAGCUCGUCGACGGUCUCCUCGAGUGGGCGGCCGAGCACACGCUCUGGGCCGUCCUCGCGGGCAUCAUCGCGCUCGCCAUCAUUGUCGCGAUCCUCGUCGCACUCCUCGACUACUGCAUGGGCGACGAAGAGUACCCGGUCUCGCACCAAGACCGGCUGCGCGAGGCCGAAGCGCUCCUCAAGGAACGCCAACAAGGCGGCGGCAACGACGACGACGACGACGAGGAUGCGAGCGGCGACGACAGCGACGACGGCGAGGCCAAGGGCAAGCGCGUCGACGGUGUCAACAAGGCCAACUAG